CUUUACCGCCGGAAAUCUAGAUCAUGGCCGGAAGAACAUUUCAAGCCGGUGUAUCCGAAGGACAAUCUACUACACGACCUCCAUUCUUUGAUGGUACAAAUAAUGCAUACUGGAAGGAAAGAAUGAGGAUAUUCAUACAAUCAAAUGACUUCGACUCAUGGAUGGUAAUCAAGCAUGGAAACACUACCCCUGCAAAUAUUGUUGAUGGAAUUCGUGUUCCCAAGUUGGAAUCCGAAUAUGAUGAUCAAGACAAGAAGAACGUCAUGCAAAAUGCCAAAGCCAUCAACGAUCUUUAUUGUGCUGUGAACCCUGAUGAUUAUAGGAAGAUAUCAAGAUGCAAAUCCGCCAAUGAGAUGUGGACUAAACUCGAAGUCACUUAUGAAGGUACAUCUCAAGUUAAAGAUGCUAAAGUUGACAUCUUAUUGCAUGAAUAUGAAUUAUUCUCAAUGAACGAGAAUGAAAGCAUUGAUAGUUAUUUUGAGAGAUUCUCUACAAUCACCAACAAUCUUGACACGCUCGGAAAGUAUUACACCGAUCAUGAGCUUGUCCGGAAAAUUCUGCGUUGUAUGACUCCUGAGUGGAAAUCCGAGGUGAACGCUAUAACUGAAGGAAGAGACUACAAUGUCUUAACUUAUGAUACUCUUCGUGGGAAACUACUCACAUAUGAAACUACUACUCCUCAUUUACGUGGUGAAGACAAAAGGAGGAAAUCUAUAGCAUUGAAAGCCACCAAGGAAGUUGUAGAGGAAAAUGAAGAAGAAGAUGAUGAAUCACUUAAUUUAGAAGAUAAUCCCGAACUUGCUCUUGUCAUCAAACGCUUCAACAAAUUUAUCAAGAAAAGCUUCAAGCCAAGGAAAGACAAUGGCAAGAAAGCUACACCACCUAAAUGCUAUGAAUGUGGAGAGAUAGGUCACAUCAAGCCUUAUUGUCCUAAGUUGAAGCAAGGGAAGGACAAGAAGUUCAAGAAGAAGCAAAAAGCAUACAUCUCAUGGGAGAGUGAUCAUUCAUCUUCCGAAACAAGUGAUGAGGACGAAGAAACAGCAAAUCUUUGUCUAAUGGCUACCGAGGAAGAGCUUCGUUCUUCGGGGUUGAUAAAUGUUGUGACAAUUCAUGAAUCUCAUAUCCCGGUUAAUUAUAUUAAAGCUUUCUACUCCGAUAUGACUUUCAAGCGUAGAAAUCAUCAAUAUGUGAUUAUUUCUAAGUUUUGUGGUAAAGAGGUUACUAUUUCUAGUGGUGAAUUGAAUGAGAUGUUUGGCAUGGAGAAUAGUAACAAGGAGCUCACUACCCAAAAUAAUGAUCAAAACCCGUGGUAUAAUUUUGAUGAACAAAAGUGUUGGGAAGUGAUGGAUUUUCGACCCAAAUUCAAUGAAUCUGGACGGCCCAAGCCGGUGUCUAUCAAUUGGGGGAAGUACAUCUUGACAUACAUGAACUUGUGCCGGGCAAAGAAAAAAUCUCUACCGUACCCCAUGCUUCUCACCUAUCUUUUGAAAAGGAAGGGAUUUGAAUUUGUGCAUGCCGAGAUGGAUAGUGAAACUCCUUUUUGGAGAAUCAAGAGGUCAACAGUAAUGAGAACCAAGCUUGAUGGCGAAGAUGAAGCACGUGCAGAAACCGGAACUUCUCAGUCACAUGUGGCUUCCCGGGGUCACAAGGUCACAUUGCCUAUGCUUUUUGAGUCCCUGCAAAGCCUCCAAUCCUCCUUCAACAACAUCCAGCUCCAACAGGCCACUUACGGUUAUAACUUGAAUAAGAUGUUUGUCAAGAGUGGCGAGCAAUGGGAAAAACCAUCCUUGAAAGCGCUCGCACCUUACAUGUCUCAGGGUUCUUCUUCUCAUACCGCUCCUUCUGAUGCUGAUAAUGAUGAAGACGAUGCGGAUGAUGAAGAGGAGGAUGAUAUUGCACAAGAAGAAGCGACCAUGGAUGAGGAAUGAGUGGUUGGGACUCCGUUUUUGUUCUUAUUGACUCUUUCAUUCCUUUAUGCUUUCCAUUCUCUCUUUUUGCACUUACCCUUAGCUUAACCCUUGUGUUUGUGAUUUUGACUGUGCUAUCCUAUGUGUUUCUCUUUCCUUUUUGCUUAUGACAAAAGGGGGAAAUGUGAAUGUGUUGCUAUUUGCUUGUGCUUGAUAGGUGGCACACAAACAGGGGGAAGUAGUUAUUUUUGUAACAAAGCUGAGCAACAGUCGAUUAUCAGAAUGUGAUAAUCGACUAUCAGCCCUCUCUGAAGUUUGAUAAUCGAUUAUCAGAGUGUGAUAAUCGAUUAUCAGCCCAUUCUGAACAUCAGACAGUAGAUUAUCAGAAGUGACAGUAGACUGUC